UCAAACGAAAUUUAGAAUAAACCCCCAAACCCUUUCUAUCAUACGAAGCCUCUGCCUGUGCUGAAACAGGUGCCGCGGCGCCAGCCUUGCGCCACCACCACCUGCCGCUCGCGCCACCACCGUCGGCCGUCGCACCACCGGGUCCAUCACCGUCGGCCGUUGCGCCACAUCCCCUGAAUUUGUAUCAGAGACACCGAGAGAGGAAAUGAAACGUUUUUUUUCUAAAAAACGUAGAGGUGAAUCUUCAAGUCGUUCAAUUACACCUUUUAUUGGAGCAAAUGUAGAAGUUGAAGAGAAUGUGGAAACAGAAACAAAUUUUAAUGAAGAUGUUCGUGAUCCGGGAUUAAGGAAACCAAUUGAUGAGUUUGAUAUUGCUAUUCGAGAUCAAGUACGUAGAGAAUAUUGGUCUAUGGGGCCUUGUCAAGUAGUUGGACAUACAUAUCCAAAGACUGAAUUCGGCACUCAAUUAAGGAGUUUUCAAGAUGUGUGGUAUCAAAAGUUUGUGUGGUUAGAGUAUAGUGUUGCAAAAGACGCUUGCUUUUGCUUUUGGUGUUAUCUUUUCAAGCCACAGGAUAAAGCGAGUCGGUAUAGAGCAGAUGCAUUUACCAAGACAGGAUUUAGCAAUUGGAAGAAGGCUUUGGAUAAAUUUGCAGAACAUGUUGGAAAUGCAGAUAGUUGUCACAACAAUGCUAGAAUGCAAAUUGAAGCCUUUAAAGAUCAAAAGCUAGCACCGAUCUACUUAGAUGCAUGGCAUGUCUUGAUCCAAGAGAUUCUUUCUCCCAAUUCGACAUUAAUCAACUCAUGCGUUUUACUACUUGGUAUCCUGAAGACUUCUCCGCAGGUGAUUGUUUAUGUCUGCCACAACAACUCCGUAAUUUCAUAGUACUUGUGCGGCAUCAUCCUCGCUUUUCUACGAUCACUGAUUUGGGAAGUUUUGCUCAAGAAAUGGUUAAAAGUGGAAAUCAUUUAAUUUUUCAAUUAGUUUAUCGUAUGAUUGAAUUGACAUUGGUUUU